GGGUUUUUAUUUUUUUUCCUCUGCGCUUUACUCAUUUUAUCGGGCACUUUCUUUCCCGGAUCUGGGUUCUAAAACCCGAAGGAAAACCCUAGAAAGCGAGGGAAAAAGUUAUCGGCGUGGGGAAACAGUGGUUUCGUCCCUCCGUCGACUCCCUCUCUGUGGACUUUCAUGUCCUUAUAUUGACCAUUUUUCCAAAUUUACCCCUCACUUUCUGGUUGUUUCCAUAAUUUUCUCGCUCAUUUUUCUCAAAGCGAGAUUUAGAUUACAUCGAGACCGUUUCUUGCCCGAGAAUUCGUAUCGUUCAUGCAUUUGAUUAUUGCGCGCAGGAUCGGGGAGAGCUCGGUGUAGUAGAGAGUAGUAGUGACUCAGAUGCUGUGAGAUCUUCUAUAGUUCCAUUAUGAUAAAGGUGUUACAAUAAAAUCAUGGCUUCCAAAGGACCAAGGUCUAAGCUUGAUCAUGAGACAAGAGCUAGGCGCCAAAAGGCACUUGAGGCUCCUAGGGAGCCCCGUCGUCCUAAAACACACUGGGAUCAUGUUUUAGAUGAGAUGGUUUGGCUCUCAAAGGACUUUGAGUCGGAGAGGAAAUGGAAAUUGGCUCAGGCAAAGAAGGUCGCUUUAAGAGCUAGCAAGGGCAUGUUGGAUCAAGCCACAAGGGGAGAAAAGAGAGUUAAGGAAGAAGAACAACGUUUGCGAAAGGUUGCACUUACCAUUUCAAAGGAUGUAAAGAAGUUCUGGAUCAAAAUAGAGAAGCUGGUGCUUUACAAACAUCAAAUGGAGCUCGAUGAGAAAAAGAAAAAGGCACUUGAUAAACAGCUUGAGUUCCUUUUGGGGCAAACUGAGAGGUACUCAACAAUGUUGGCAGAGAACCUUGCGGAUACGUACCAACCAACCCAACAGUAUUUACCCAAGGAACGAUGUAGUAUUCAAUAUAAAGAAGUGGACGACCCUGGAUUUAAAGAAGUACCUCAGUCAGGUAUUGCUGAUGUUGAUGAAGAUUAUGAUAUGCAGUCUGAAGAGGAAUUGGAAGAUGAUGAGCAUACUAUCGAGGAAGAUGAGGCCCUCAUUACUGAAGAGGAAAGGCAAGAAGAAUUGGAAGCACUGCACAAUGAGAUAGAUCUACCGCUUGAGGAGCUGCUCAAACGUUAUGCAAUGAAGAAAGUUAGCAGUGGUAGUAGUCAAGACAAGGAUGAAGAGGAAGCAGAACCAACUUCAGUGGGGGAUGAUCAUUUUGGGGGUGAAGGACAGGAUCUGUCUGAUACUUGUAAGAUUGAUAAAAACAACUCACUCACAGUCAUCGGUCGUCGUUGUGGUGAAAGUAAUGGUAGCUUAUCCAUUUCAGAGCACCAUUUGUUAGAAGUUGAUACAUGUCAAGCCAAGAAUGUGUCAGAAAUUUCUAGGGAGUCAGAUGAAGAAAGUAAAGUAUAUGAUUUUAAUGAUGAACAGGAGGAUGGUGACUUUGUUCUUGCAACUGGAGAAGAAAAGGAUGAUGAGACAACCUUGCUGGAGGAGGAGGAACUUGCAAAAGAAGAAUCAAAUGAUCCCAUAGAUGAGAUCGCUUUACUGCAGAAGGAGAGUGAAAUUCCUCUAGAAGAACUUCUGGCAAGGUAUAAAAAGGACGCUGAUGAAGAUGUAGAGGAUGAUUCUGAUUAUGCCUCUGCGUCAGAGGACUUCUUGGAUUCUCCAGCACAUCAGGACACUGAAUUGAACCAGCAGCCUGGUUGUGUGGAAGACGAUGAUGACGAACCUGGGGGAAGACAGCCAUUUGUGCAGUCUGUGACAGAAGAACAUGCAGAAGGUUCUGAAAAACAAUCUGAUGAAGCAAGGGAGAGUGAGAAUCGAAUUGCUGAUGCAGCUGCUGCUGCAAGAUCAGCACAACCCACUGGAAAUACCUUCUCAACAACCAAAGUCCGUACAAAGUUCCCAUUUCUUCUCAAGCACUCUCUUCGUGAGUAUCAACAUAUUGGCUUGGAUUGGCUUGUUACAAUGUAUGAGAAGAGACUUAAUGGGAUACUGGCUGAUGAAAUGGGGCUUGGGAAGACAAUUAUGACAAUUGCUUUGCUUGCACACCUAGCGUGUGAAAAGGGAAUAUGGGGGCCUCAUCUCAUUGUGGUGCCGACUAGUGUCAUGCUGAACUGGGAAACUGAGUUUCUUAAGUGGUGUCCUGCUUUUAAAAUUCUUACUUACUUUGGAAGUGCCAAAGAGCGGAAAUUUAAGAGACAAGGUUGGUUAAAACCAAACUCUUUCCAUGUCUGCAUAACCACUUACAGACUUGUUAUACAAGAUUCAAAAGUUUUCAAGCGGAAGAAGUGGAAAUAUUUGAUUCUGGAUGAAGCCCAUCUGAUUAAAAAUUGGAAGUCCCAAAGAUGGCAAACUCUUUUAAACUUCAAUUCAAAACGGCGCAUCUUAUUGACUGGUACACCACUGCAGAAUGAUCUCAUGGAACUCUGGUCUCUAAUGCAUUUCUUGAUGCCCCACAUCUUUCAAUCUCAUCAAGAAUUCAAAGAUUGGUUCUGUAAUCCAAUAUCUGGAAUGGUAGAGGGGCAAGAAAAAGUAAACAAAGAAGUCAUUGACCGUCUCCAUAAUGUCCUUCGUCCUUUCCUACUCCGUCGAUUGAAAAGGGAUGUGGAGAAGCAGCUCCCCAUGAAAUUUGAACAUGUCAUAUACUGUAGGCUCUCUAAGAGGCAGCGUAACUUGUAUGAAGACUUCAUUGCCAGUUCAGAGACACAAGCUACUCUAGCGAGUGCCAACUUCUUUGGGAUGAUUAGUGUCAUAAUGCAACUGCGCAAAGUUUGCAAUCAUCCUGAUUUAUUUGAGGGCCGUCCAAUUGUAAGUUCUUUUGAUAUGGGCGGUAUUGACAUCCAAUUGAGUUCUUCUGUUUGUUCAAUGCUUUCACCUGGCCCAUUUUCUACUGUAGACCUUAGGGAUUUGGGGUUCUUAUUUACUCAUCUCGAUUUCAGCAUGGCUUCUUGGGAGAGCGAUGAAGUUCAGGCUAUUGCUACACCAACGAGCUUAAUCAAGGGGCGUGCUGACCCUGAUAAUCUUGCAGAGAUUGGUUUUGGAUUCAAACAUCAGAGAAAAUCCCAGGGAACAAAUAUUUUUGAAGAGAUCAGAAAGGCAAUUUUGGAGGUGAGACUGACAGAAGCAAAGGAACGGGCAGCAUCUAUUGCAUGGUGGAAUUCCUUGAGGUGUUGUAAGAAACCCAUGUACUCAACAACCCUACGGGAUCUUGUCACAGUAAAGCAUCCUGUUCAUGAUAUCCAUCGUCAAAAGAGUGACCGUUUAUCAUACAUGUACUCCUCUAAGCUUGCUGACAUUGUCCUGUCCCCUGUUGAACUCUUCAAGAGAAUGAUUGGUCAGGUUGAAUGCUUCAUGUUUGCAAUCCCUGCAGCACGGGCACCGACACCUGUUUGUUGGUGCAGUAAAACCAAUCAUUCUGUGUUUCUCCAGCCAACAUAUAAGGAAAAAUGCACUGAAACUUUGUCACCCCUUCUAUCGCCUAUUAGACCUGCAAUUGUCCGCAGGCAAGUGUAUUUCCCUGACAGGCGACUCAUACAAUUUGACUGUGGAAAGCUGCAAGAGCUUGCGGUUUUGCUAAGGAAACUGAAAUCAGAAGGCCACCGAGCAUUAAUAUUUACUCAAAUGACAAAGAUGCUUGAUGUCUUGGAGGCUUUUAUUAAUUUGUAUGGCUACACUUACAUGCGGUUGGAUGGAUCUACUCAGCCAGAGGAGAGGCAAACACUAAUGCAGAGGUUUAAUACCAAUCCUAAAAUUUUUCUUUUUAUCUUGUCCACCCGUAGUGGUGGUGUUGGUAUUAAUCUGGUGGGGGCAGAUACAGUUAUCUUCUAUGAUAGUGACUGGAAUCCAGCUAUGGAUCAACAAGCUCAAGAUCGAUGCCAUCGAAUAGGACAGACACGUGAAGUGCAUAUAUAUCGGUUAAUUAGUGAGAGCACCAUUGAAGAGAACAUCUUAAAGAAAGCGAAUCAAAAGCGUGCUCUUGAUGAUCUAGUCAUACAGAGUGGAGGAUACAACACUGAAUUUUUCAAGAAAUUAGAUCCUAUGGAACUGUUCUCAGGUCACAGGGCACUUCCAAAUAAGAAUAUGCAGAAGGAGAAAAAUCAUAACAUUGGAAUUGAGGGUUCUGUAUCUGUUGCAGAUGUAGAGGCUGCUUUGAAGUACGCAGAAGAUGAAGCGGAUUAUAUGGCAUUGAAGAAAGUUGAACAGGAAGAGGCUGUGGAAAACCAGGAAUUCACGGAAGAUGCCAUUGGGAGAGUAGAAGAUGAUGAGUUAGUGAAUGAGGAUGAUAUGAAGCCUGAUGAGGCUGUGGAGCAGGUUGGCUGUACUACUUCAAGUAAAGACAGUGGAUUGAUGUUAAUUGGGAGUGAUCCAAAUGAAGAGAGAGCUCUCACUUUUGCUGGUAAAGAAGAUGAUGUUGAUAUGCUGGCUGAUGUCAAACAGAUGGCUGCAGCAGCAGCCGCUGCUGGACAAGCAAUCUCAUCAUUUGAGAGUCAACUUCGUCCAAUUGAUCGAUAUGCGAUACGUUUCCUGGAGUUAUGGGACCCAAUCAUAGACAAGGCAGCAAUGGAAUCUCAAGCUACAUUUGAGGAGGCAGAAUGGGAACUAGAUCGGAUUGAAAAGUUUAAGGAGGACAUGGAAGCUGAAAUUGACAAUGAUGAGGAGCCUUUUGUAUAUGAAAGAUGGGAUUCUGAUUUUGCAACUGAGGCAUACCGACAGCAAGUUGAGGCCUUGGCUCAACACCAGUUGAUGGAAGAACUGGAAUGUGAAGCUAAAGAAAAGGAUGAUGCAGAUGACGAAAAUUAUGGUUCUACAAGGAAUGAAAUGGCAAGUGAUCCUAAACCCAAGUCAAAGAAGAAACCAAAGAAAGCCAAGUUCAAAUCUCUGAAGAAAGGAUCUUUAGCUUCUGAUUCUAAAGCUGUGAAAGAAGAGCCAUUGAUGGAACCUAUGUCCAUAGAUGAUGAAGAUGUUUUCCACGGGAUGGUCACAUUUUCAGACAUGAUGUCAUCACAUUCAAGUAUGCAGAAAAAGCGUAAAAAGGCUGAAGCAACGGCAGAUGGUGAAGAAGAUAGGAUCAUGAAGAAGAGGUCUAAGAAGUUCAAGAAGGCUCCUGAAAUAGGUCCUUUAAGUUUUGAAACCAACUUGUCAAAUAAGCAGCAUGAUGAAUCUAAAGAAUCAAACCCAUGUGAGAGUGCUGUUGUUGAUCUUGAGCUUAAGUCAGCAAGCAGGGGUAAGAUGGGAGGAAAAAUCUCCAUAACUGUCAUGCCAGUGAAGCGGAUUCUAAUGAUCAAACCAGAGAAGUUAAAGAAGGGAAACAUUUGGUCAAGAGACUGUGUUCCAUCUCCUGAUUUUUGGUUUCCGCAAGAGGAUGCAGUAUUAUGUGCUGUUGUACAUGAAUAUGGCCCACAUUGGAGCUUGGUGAGUGAAACACUGUAUGGGAUGACUGCUGGUGGGUUUUACAGGGGGAGAUAUCGCCAUCCUGUCCAUUGCUGUGAGAGAUUUCGAGAACUUGUCCAAAGAUAUGUUUUAUCUGCACCUGAAAAUCCCAAUAAUGAGAAGGUCAGCAAUACUGGCUCUGGAAAGGCUCUUCUCAAAGUAACAGAGGAUAACAUUCGAAUGUUACUAGAUGUUGCUAUUGACCUGCCAGAUAGUGAGUUACUUCUUCAGAAACACUUCACUGCCCUGCUUACUUCUGUCUGGAGGAUGACAUCCCGUGUUCAUCACCGUCAAAACCACCUACCUUAUCGAAAUGGGCAGUAUUCUACUGGGAGGUUUUUCAGUUCUACUGUCAACCAAAUUUCUUGGAAUUCCGUCAGGGAACCAACAGAAAGGACGAACUGGAAUAAUUUUGGUUACAGUAGCAGCAGGUUAGUAGCAGCUGCUCUCCAUGAUGCAAACAAUAAACAACAUGAUGACUCAGCCUUCCUAUCUAACCGAAGGGAGGAAGUCUCAACUGUUCCAGAGCAGCUGGAAAUAAGGCUGGAAAUUGAGAGAGAUUUCUGUGAUUCCAUGAUUCCCUUGCCAUCUGUCAUAAAUUUAUCAAUAUUGGGCUCAGAGCCGCCAUCAGCUGUCAACAACCCUAUAGAGGAAAGUCAGAUUCUCAAGUCUUCACAGGAUAUGGCUGAGAACCGUUUCAGGGCCGCAUCAAGAGCUUGUUUUGAUGGUACUCUGGAUUGGGCUUCAUCAGCCUUCCCAACAAGUGAUAUUAAGCCGAGAUCUGCAAUAAAAUCACAUUCCUUGGGAAAGCACAAACUCUGUACCUCUGACUCUAUCAGGCCUUCUAAAUCAAAGUUCAAAAAGGUUGCAGUUGAGCCUAGUGAGAUGCACCACCUUAUUUGGUCACCACUACCGAAGCCAACAUUUGCAUUCAAUGAUUCCAAUCCAAGGUUUGAUCUGGGAUCACCCGUGAGUUUGGACGCUGGUAUCUCCACUCCUUCCUUCAAUGAGGAGCUUUGUUGGGAACCUGAGAGUUUGGAGCUGUUCUCGCAUCACUAUUCUCCUAACCUCUUCUCGGACCUUGAUGAUUUUUCAUUGUUGCCAGAAUAUAUCGACAUUGGGUAGGACUAAUCCAGAGAUUUAAACCCAGUUGAUGGUUUGGGUUGAAACUACCAUGAUCUUUGGAGGACAAGUAUGGUUCCAGAAGAUGUCCCAUUUGGUGAAUCACCCAUUUCUCCAGACUGGGGCAUUAUUAACGUGCUCUCGGGGCACAUGAUUGAUCCAACAAUCUGCUGUUUUGAUGGCAAUCUGGAGGAACAUGCAGGGAGAUAUUAUGAUUCCUCAAGGAGGCCCUGGGUGGCCUUCCAGGAGGAUCCCAGAUAGGGAGGGAAUACAGAAUGUAACAUAAAAGGGCUUUGUAAUUUAAUUGCUCACUGGGGAAUCUGUGCUAAUUUUUUGGGGCUUCAUUUCAAAUGUUCAUGUAGAUACAUUGCUCUCUCAGAAGGAAGUAGAAGUAGAAGAAGAGUAUACCCAUUCAAUGAAUGAUCUCUCUCUCUCUCUC